AUGGCCAAAAAUUCGCCAUCGGAUCUGGGAACGCGGUUCCACAGCCUUCUUCCACAUGAACUGCGCGCUCACAUAUUCUCCUUCCUCCUCGUUCGUUCAGUCAAGUGGAACCUGCAACACCUCGAAAGCUGCGAGCGAAGGAAUAGUCGGACGAUAAGCGAGUACACGCGUCCAACACACCACAAUCUCGUCGGACCAGACCAAGCCUACAUAUGUGCUAGUUGCGGGCCUUUUACGCAUGAGCGAAAUUGGCGCCAUGCUUUCGAACGAGGCUUUGAGGUCUAUGUAUCGCCAUGGAGAAGUCAAUGGGCUCCAGAUCAGGGAAACCCCUUUGUCUGUACAAACUGUUUUGAUGACCGCUUGCGAAGUCGACCGUUCCCGGAACCAACCAAUCUUCCCUGCUUGUGUGCGCGGCAUAAGAAUCUCGAGGUACGACUAGUCUGUCGACAAUGGAACGAGGAAGCCAGUGGUGUAUUCUUCUCGGGCAACGUCUUCGCGUUCGACGAUUGCGUCUCGAUGAAGCACUUCUUCUCCAUAAUCCCUAGGCACUGGAUAAUAUUGAUCACGAAAGUCAGCCUACUUUUCCCUCUGUGGGACACUGACGACGACUCUAUCAGCGUUGAUAUCCUGGCAGCUUCGCUGUCAGUACUCAGCAGUCUGACUUGGCUACAAUACCUUGAGCUAGACGCCAAAUUGCUCAACAACGAGGCUACAACAUUGGCCCUUCUCGAUAUCCAUUUACCAAGCCUUGAGAGAGUUUGUUUCGUUGUCCAAUCUCCAAUCAAAGUAGUUCCUUGGCGGGAAGGACUGUCGCUGACUUACAUCUGGGGUGAACUCGCUAAUAGAUGUCUGCUCGUUGGCGGUCUUCCUGAGCGCGUGGCCCGCUCAAUAAAAGCUCAGGGCGUUGAAGCACCGUCUUGUCAGAAGACAAACAAAGAGGAAAUACGACACCAAAGACAGCUGUAUGAGUUUGCCCAGAAGAACGACCAGUUGUGGAAACUCAAGAGUUACGGAAGAACAAUACUCGACUGCGAAGCACAAAGGACUGAUCCGCCCUGA